AUGCCAAUUGAGGAAAAUUUAAUGAAAGAAUUUCAAAAUGGAGAGAAGGUUUUAAUAGAAAUUGCUGAAAUAAUAGGAAAUAUUGCAGAAAGAGAUUAUAAUUCAUCGGCAGAAAUUAAUCCAUCUAUUGCUAGCAAAAUAGUUGCACAAACUAUUAAUAAUAAUAACAAUUCAAGAUUACCUAAAGCACGAUUAGAACGAUAG